CAGACAGCCCACUGUGUCCCUCAGACUCUCCGUGGGAUCCCGCCUUCCCUUGCUCACUCUGUCCGGCCGCCCAGCUCCAUCGACUUUGCCCAAAAUGACAUCAGGAGAACCCCUGCAUGUGAAGACGCCCAUCCGUGACAGCAUGGCCCUGUCGAAAGUGGCAGGCACCAGUGUCUACCUCAAGAUGGACAGUGCCCAGCCCUCUGGCUCCUUCAAGAUCCGAGGCAUCGGGCACCUCUGCAAAAUGUGGGCUGAGCAAGGCUGUGAACACUUUGUCUGCUCCUCAGCGGGCAACGCAGGCAUGGCGGCUGCAUAUGCUGCCAGAAGACUGGGCAUCCCUGCCACCAUCGUCGUGCCCAACACCACACCUGUGCUCACUAUUGAGCGACUCAAGAAUGAAGGCUCCACAGUCAAGGUGGUGGGUGAGACGUUGGAUGAAGCCUUCGAGCUGGCCAAAGCCCUGGCAAAGAACAACCCAGGCUGGGUCUACGUUCCCCCUUUUGAUGACCCCCUCAUCUGGGAAGGCCAUACUUCCAUUGUGAAGGAGCUGAAGGAGACCCUGAGUGCAAAGCCAGGGGCCAUCGUGCUGUCAGUGGGUGGCGGGGGUCUGCUGUGCGGAGUGGUCCAGGGGCUGCAGGAGGUGGGCUGGGGGGAUGUGCCCGUCAUCGCCAUGGAGACCUUCGGUGCCCACAGCUUCCAUGCAGCGACUGCAGCGGGCAAGCUUGUUUCCCUGCCCAACAUUACCAGUGUUGCCAAGGCACUGGGUGUGAAGACCGUGGCAGCUCAGGCCCUGAAGCUUUCUCAGGAACACCCCAUUUUCCCCGAAGUUAUCUCAGACCAGGAGGCUGUGGCUGCCGUUGAGAAGUUUGUGGAUGAUGAGAAGAUCCUGGUGGAGCCUGCCUGCGGAGCGGCCCUGGCCGCUGUCUACAGCCGCGUGGUGCAGAAGCUGCAAGGGGAGGGGAAGCUCCAAGUCCCCCUGCGGUCACUAGUGGUCAUCGUCUGUGGGGGCAGCAACAUCAGCCUGGCCCAGCUGCGGGCCCUCAAGGAACAGCUGGGCAUGAAGAAUGGGCUGCCCAAGUGAGGACGCUCACCCACGUGUCCUCUCCUAGCCCAGGAGACCCCUGGAGGGGCUGGAGUUUUAUCCAGCACCUCACUGUAAAUAUUCUUGUUUGGUUGUGAGCCUGAGGCCCCUGGACUGGCAGGUUAGCUUCUUGUUGUCAUAAGGCCACUGUGCAGAGGGGCUGGAAGGUCAGGGGCCAGUGAGGCUGAGAUGGGGCUCUUCGGCAUCUCUGUGACCGCUCUGUGCUGUCCUUGGCUACUCUGCUGGAAUGAUAACUGCCCACAAAUAUGCCAGGUCCCCAGAACUGGGUGGGUGUGGUAGCCCCAUCCCAGCCUUUCCCCUGGCGAGGUGGACAGAACCUCAAUCCAGGGUUGAAGAACUAUCCUGUCCUUCCUUCCAAGAAGCCAAAUCCCCACCUUUACUUGUUUUUCUAAGAUGUAAUCUUUUUCACUGAAAAUUAUGUAUUUAUGAAACCAAGAA